AUGAAGUUCUCAUUCGCCGCCCUUGCCAUCCUGGCCACCGCUGCCUCUUACGGCCAGCAGCCCGCUCCCGCUCAAUAUGGACAGUAUUACCAGCCCACUCAGCAGCAGAACAAGUACUCUCCCGCUGAGGAGCAGGCUUGGCACGGAUGUGUCAACGGUCUUCUUGACCAGUUCAACCUUGGCAACGCUAACUCCAAGGCUGGCUGUUCUUUCUGGAGCUGCCUCGAGGAGCAGGCCGGCAAGUACAACCGUGGUGGUGCUCUUGCCUCCCUUGGUCAAGGAGUCAGCUUGGUUUGCAAGGCCUCUGGAUUCCUCCCCGGCUUCAUCUAA